AUGGAGCGGGAACUCGCAGAACUCAAAAAGCAGGUACUCACCUUGCAAAAAGAACUGUCUCGCGUCUCCGACGAAGCUGAAAUCCGCAAAACCCACCACAAAUACGGCUACUACCUCGACAAAUGUCUCUACAACGAAGUAGUUGACCUCUUCUCCAACCGCCCUGACACCUUUGUCGAGUUCCUCGGCUCGCGCUACCUCGGCAAAGCCGGCGUCGAGCGCCUCUACAAGAAACGCUUCGCCGAGACCUUUGUCGCCGGCCGCAACGGUCCCAUCCACGGCUUUCUGCUCGACCACAUAAUGAUGCAAGACAUCGUCGACGUCUCCCCCUCAGGCGACCACGCCUGGUGCCGCAUGCGUGCCCUGAUGCAGGCCGGCACUCAUCACUCUAUCGAGAAAGACUUGCCGCUGGGCCACAGACAGUGGUGGGAAGGUGGUCUGUACGAGAAUGAGUAUGUGAAGGAAGACGGGGUGUGGAAGCUGUGGAGGUAUAGGUACUUUCCGUUUUGGCAUGCGGAUUUCGAGGCCGGGUGGAGCAAGACCAAGCCGAAUUAUGUGCCGUGGCCGACGAAAACGUUUCCGGAGGACCCCACGGGCCCGGAUGAGAUUCUCGAGAGAAAGAUGUUGUGGCCGGAUACGAGGGUGGUGCCGUUUCAUUAUCCGCAUCCCGUCACGGGGAAGAGGAUCAAUGGUGAUGAUUUGAGGGCGCCCAGGUACGGAAAAGGGGUGCGGGAGGGGUGUGAAGAGCCGUUGGUAUUGGAGUUGCCAGGUGGGAGCAAGUGGGAGGGGGCAGAGGAGCGGGAGAGUCGGAAGGGGGAGAAGGUGUUGCCUGAGUUGGUGCAGGACAGGGUGUUAACUUGA